GGUUUAAUCUCGCGAGAGUCAAGAUGUCUGCGCCCGUAAGAGUCAUGCUAAGACGGCGCAUCGUAGAACAGAUCAAUGCUAUCGGUAGAACGCCUUUCAUGGUAAAUAAAAGCAAUGAAUUACAUUCUGAUUUACUUACUAGCCAUGUGUUUGCAAGAAGGUUUGGUGUAACGGCUAUCGUUAAGUCAAACACACUAUUAUCCUCAACUCGGCCACAAGGAGGGCGAAAGACUGACAAGCCUACUUUCACUUUGUCGAAAACCACGCGUGUUUGGAGCAGAUUAUCAUCCACACUGACAGGGAGAACUUGUUGGAAGUGUGGAAAGACAAAGAAUGGCAGAUCUGAAUUGUUUAUUUGUGAAUGUGGUAUUGUCCAAGAAGUGUCGGAUUUAACAUAUUUCCAAAUACUAGAUUCUGAGGAGACAUUUGAUGUGGACUUAAAAGUCUUAGCCUUAACGUACAAAGAGCUACAGAAGAUACUGCACCCAGACAAGUACAGCCAGAAGACUGAGAAAGAAAGAGACCUGGCCGAGAUACAAUCCUCACUUGUUAACAAGGCAUAUACAACUCUAACAAAGCCACUAUCUCGAGCUCUAUAUCUCCUGGAACUCAACAAACUUCCUAUAGAAGAAGCUAACAGUGAUGUGGACCCAGAUUUUCUCAUGGAGAUCAUGGAAAUAAAUGAAGAACUUGCAGAUGCUGAUAGUCCCGAAUCUUUGCAGAAAAUACAGACUGAAAACAACGAACGAGUGAAUGAUUGUUUUUUGGAAAUAUCAAAGGCUUUCCAAGAUGGAAACAUUACACUGGCCAGAGAACAUGUGAUAAGAAUGACAUAUUUCGUAAACAUUGAUGAGAAAAUCAAAGAAACAUAUCGUAAAAGCUUUGAAUGAUUUAUCAUAUUAAUUUUAAUAAUUAUCUACAGUAUUAAUAAUAUUAUGCUCCACAAUUUGUGAAAUGAAUAAUAACAUGUAAACAUUUCUUGUUAUUUAAGUAUAUUACAAUGUAUCGCAUAUAUAUAUGUAAUGUAUGAAUUGAUAUUGCAGAAUACAGAUGUAUAAAAAUAUUUAUUUUAUAGUAAAAACUCUAAAGCAUUAAAUACAAAGUUAGCUUUUGAGUUGAUUUGAUAUACUUGUAUUUAUUUAUCAGGGUACAAUCUUUAAACAACAUACAGAAUAUACAUGGAAUCAUACAUACAUACAACAUGUAUUUGUUACUGUUGGUUUCAAACGAAAAUAUCUUUAGUAUGUAAUUGAUAAUAAACAGAAUUUUAUUUGGAA